UCUCUUGAAAAUGUCCGAAACAUUUAUACUUGGUCUUCUACUCUUAAUCUCUCCUCUUGUACUGCUGCUUCUGAGCAUCAAGAGAACAAAUUCAAACAAGCUCAAUCUCCCUCCAUGUCCACCAAAACUUCCCUUGAUAGGCAACCUCCACCAGCUCGGCUCGCUCCCUCAUCGUUCUCUCCGUUCCCUAGCAAACAAGCAUGGGCCUACCAUGCUUCUACAACUUGGUCAAGUUCCCACCCUCGUCGUCUCUUCACCAGAAAUCACGUGUGAGAUCAUGAAAACUAAAGAUAUCAUAUUUGCAAGUAGACCACCUUCAAAGAUCAUAGCGACUCUUCUUCAUGGAAGCAAUGACAUAGCAUUUGCACCCUACGGAGAGUAUUGGAGGAAAGCAAGAAAGCUAUGUGUUACUCAUCUCUUGGGUACCAAGAUGGUCCAAUUUUUUCAACACGCACGAGAAGAAGAGGUAGAGUGUAUGAUGGCCAACAUAUAUGAAACGUCCCAAAGUUAUGUGAAUUUGAGCAGCAUACUGAAUAUGUUUGCUACUAAUAUUGUCACUAGAGUUGUUUCUAACGACCUUUUUAGAGAUCAAGAAAAGAAAAGCAUGCUGCAUAUGCUUAUUGAGGAGAACUCUGCUCUCGUUGGGGCUUUUCAUCCUGCCGACUUCUUCCCACUGAUUGGAUGGCUUGAUAUCUUCAGUCUGGAUUGGAGGGGGGCUUUUCAUCCUGCCGACUUCUUCCCACUGAUUGGAUGGCUUGAUAUCUUCAGUCUGGAUUGGAGGGGAAAGAGAAAUGCUAAGAGAUGGGAUAACAUUCUUGAGGAGGUUAUCAAUAAUAAGGCUAAGCGGUUGAAGGAUGACGUUUCUCAUAACAACAAUAGAGAUUUUGUCGAAGUAUUGCUCUCACUUGAGAAUGACCCUAGUGUUGAUUUUCCAUUUACAAGAGGAAACAUCAAAGCAAUACUAAUGGAUAUGUUUGCUGCGGGAAUUGAUACAUCAUACAUCACACUUGAAUGGAGUAUGGCAGAACUCGUUCGCAAUCCAAAAGUCAUGAAGAAACUGCAAGAUGAGGUGAGAGGCAAAGCAAGAGGCAAGGACAUGAUCAGAGACGAAGAUUUGAGCAAGAUGAGCUAUUUAAAAUCAGUGAUAAAAGAGGUUAUGAGGCUGCAUCCUCCUGUUCCAUUGUUGCUCCCUCGAGUACUUACAGAAAGUAGUGAAUUAUCAGGUUAUAAAAUACCCAAGAAUACAAGAAUCAUCAUCAACGCUUGGGCGCUUGCAAGAGACCCCAAGUGUUGGGAAGAACCUGAUGAAUUCAGACCUGAAAGAUUCAUGGACAGUUUGAUAGAUUUCAAAGGAAACGAUUUCCAGUUCAUUCCAUUUGGUGCAGGUCGGAGAAUUUGCCCGGGCAUGAACUUUGCAAUGCACAACAUAGAGCUUGCACUCGCGAAUCUUGUGAACAGGUUUGAAUGGUCAAUGCCAGAACAUCUGUCAAGGGAGGAUCUUGAUAUGAAUGAGACCCCUGGACUUACAUCUCGCAAGGAGAAAAGACUUGAUCUUGUUGCUAAAUUCUUAGCUGUGGGGUAAAGACUGGUACAUAAACAAGGACUAGUUAAUAUGUAUGUAAUAAUUAUAGACAUAACACACGCUGUUGGUAGUCUCUGAACUCUUCACACCUCGUCUGCUACGCUAGGUGCAUGUGCUACUAGGUCUAGCUUGUUACCCGUACCAUCGAACAAGUUUCAAUUUGUCUCUUCACUCGACGUUAAUGCUGUUGUAAUUAUUGCUGUGUAUCUAU